CCACCACAAGUGAGCUCCUGGCCUUGCUGGCAGAAGCCCAGGAUGCCAACUGGCUAGAGUCCUGCGAGCUGGACCUGCUGUGAGACCCUGGACCAGAAGGACCUUACCCUCUGUGGGCCUCCGCUUUCCCAUCUCUCAUCUGUGCAGUGGGACUGACCACCCAGAGCUACUGGAUGGGAAACCCUGGGGCAAACAAAACCCUGAGCAGAGAGGGUGCUGCUUAAACGCCCCUCAGGGCUUCCGACCGGAGCUGGUUGAUGAGCCUUAAAACCCUGGAACCGACACAGGCCUGUCUUUCAGCCUGUUCUCCAAGCUGCUGUGCUGUUCCUACCUCAGGGCCCCUGUGCGUGCUCUUUCCCAGCUGCGGCUCACCAUUCGGGCAACCUCCUCUGAGGAGCCCUCCCUGACUACCUCUGUUUGUCUGAAGCGGCCCUCGCUGUGUGUUUGUGGGUUGUCCAGCCCAGGCAUCUCAUGACCCAGCCCCCCAGGACAACAAACGUUCGUUACCAAAACUGGGUUCGUCUGUUGGUGGACGUCGAGCGGAAAGACACAACCAAGGCAAAGAGCAGGAGAAGGAAGAACUGAUCACUUGCAAUUUGGAACCAACUGUAACUGCUUCCAACCUGCCUCAAUCUAUGUCCACCCCUGGCAGCCUGAGGGAUUCUCCUAAAACCCACGUAGCUCUCCACUGCCCUCAGGCCAGCUCAGUAGAAAGACUUGGUGAUCUUUUGUGACCUGGGCUCUCCAGCCUCAAUUCUUGUCCCUUCCUGAACAUCACAAGCGGUUUAACUGGAACUAGGAAAGUGCUUGCAGAUGCCCACCGUGCCCUGCUCUCCACAUCUCUGCGCACGAGGCUCUUGCUACCUGGAACACCCCCUGCAUCUCGGCUCCCUCGGGAGGGUAACCCCCACUAGAACGUCACAGCUGGCCUCCUACCAUCCCCCGCCUUUUGGCGCUUGAAGGAUGCAGCCUGAGCUUAUGGAGGAGUUGACAUCACACAGUAAGAAGACGUCAGAAAACAAGGAAUCAUCCGAGUCCUUCACGGUGGCGUCCAGCCCGGCCCCGGUCCCGAGGCGGAGAAGCAACGAUCCUCUCACCUCCAGCCCUGGGCGGAGCUCCCGGCGCACGGAUGCCCUGACCUCCAGCCCCGGCCGCGACCUUCCUCCCUUUGAGGAUGAGUCGGAGGGGCUGCUCGGCACAGAGGGGCCCCUGGAGGAGGAGGAGGAGGAUGGAGAGGAGCUUUUCGGAGAUGGCAUGGAGAGGGACUACCGCCCCAUCCCGGAGAUAGACGUCUACGAGCCCGAGGGGCUGGCCCCGGACGACGAGGAUGUGGAGGAGCUGACCGCCAGCCAGAGGGAGGCGGCCGAGCGGGUCAUGCGGCAGCGAGAGCGGGAGGCCGGCCGGGGCCUGGGCCGCAUGCGCCGCGGGCUCCUGUACGACAGCGACGAGGAGGAGGAGGAUCGCCCCAGCCGGAAGCGGCGGCAGGUGGAGCGGGCCACGGAGGACGGUGAGGAGGACGAGGAGAUGAUUGAGAGCAUCGAGAACCUGGAGGACCUGAAGGGCCACUCGGUGCGCGAGUGGGUGAGCAUGGCCGGCCCGCGGCUGGAGAUCCACCACCGCUUCAAGAACUUCCUGCGCACCCACGUGGAUGGCCGCGGCCACAACGUCUUCAAGGAGCGCAUCAGCGACAUGUGCAAAGAGAACCGCGAGAGCCUGGUGGUGAACUACGAGGACCUGGCCGCCAGGGAGCACGUCCUGGCCUACUUCCUGCCCGAGGCGCCGGCGGAGCUGCUGCAGAUCUUCGGCGAGGCUGCCCUGGAGGUGGUGCUGGCCAUGUACCCCAAGUACGACCGCAUCGCCAGCCGCGUCCACGUGCGCAUCUCCCACCUGCCCCUGGUGGAGGAGCUGCGCUCGCUCAGGCAGCUGCACCUGAAUCAGCUGAUACGCACCAGCGGGGUGGUGACCAGCUGCACGGGCGUCCUGCCACAGCUCAGCAUGGUCAAGUACAACUGCAACAAGUGUGGCUUCGUGCUGGGGCCUUUCUGCCAGUCCCAGAACCAGGAGGUGAAGCCGGGCUCCUGCCCUGAGUGCCAGUCAGCUGGCCCCUUCGAGGUCAACAUGGAGGAGACCAUCUACCAGAACUACCAGCGCAUCCGAAUUCAGGAGAGUCCUGGCAAAGUGGCGGCUGGCCGGCUGCCCCGCUCCAAGGAUGCCAUCCUCCUCGCGGACCUGGUGGACAGCUGCAAGCCAGGAGACGAGAUAGAGCUGACCGGCAUCUACCACAACAACUACGAUGGGGCCCUCAACACCUCCAACGGCUUUCCCGUCUUCGCCACUGUCAUCCUGGCCAACCACGUGGCCAAGAAGGACAACAAGGUGGCCGUGGGCGAGCUGACUGACGAGGACGUGAAGAUGAUCACCAGCCUCUCCAAGGACCAGCAGAUUGGGGAGAAGAUCUUCGCCAGCAUUGCUCCUUCCAUCUACGGGCACGAAGACAUCAAGCGAGGCCUGGCGCUGGCUCUGUUUGGAGGGGAGCCCAAAAACCCCGGCGGCAAGCACAAGGUGCGAGGUGACAUCAACGUGCUCCUGUGUGGAGAUCCCGGCACGGCCAAGUCUCAGUUCCUCAAGUACAUCGAGAAGGUGUCCAGCAGAGCCAUCUUCACCACCGGCCAGGGGGCCUCGGCCGUGGGCCUCACGGCGUACGUCCAGCGGCACCCCGUCAGCAGGGAGUGGACCUUGGAGGCUGGGGCCCUGGUCCUGGCGGACCGAGGAGUGUGUCUCAUCGAUGAAUUCGACAAGAUGAACGACCAGGACAGGACCAGCAUCCACGAGGCCAUGGAACAGCAGAGCAUCUCCAUCUCCAAGGCCGGCAUCGUCACCUCCCUGCAGGCCCGCUGCACUGUCAUUGCUGCCGCCAACCCCAUAGGUGGCCGCUAUGACCCCUCGCUCACCUUUUCGGAAAACGUGGACCUCACGGAGCCCAUCAUUUCCCGCUUCGACGUGCUGUGUGUAGUGAGGGACACAGUGGACCCAGUCCAGGAUGAGAUGCUGGCCCGUUUCGUGGUCGGCAGCCACAUCAGACACCACCCCAGCAACAAGGAGGAUGGGGGCCCGGGGGGCGCCCCGGAGCCCCCCAUGCCCAACACGUAUGGCGUGGAGCCCCUGCCGCAGGAGGUCCUGAAGAAGUACAUCAUCUACGCCAAGGAGAAGGUCCACCCGAAGCUCAACCAGAUGGACCAGGACAAGGUGGCCAAGAUGUACAGUGACCUGAGGAAGGAAUCCACGGCCACGGGCAGCAUCCCCAUCACGGUGCGUCACAUCGAAUCCAUGAUCCGCAUGGCUGAGGCCCACGCGCGCAUCCACCUGCGCGACUACGUGAUGGAGGAUGACGUCAACAUGGCCAUCCGCGUGAUGCUCGAGAGCUUCGUGGACACGCAGAAGUUCAGCGUCAUGCGCAGCAUGCGGAAGACGUUUGCCCGCUACCUGUCGUUCCGCCGCGACAACAACGAGCUGCUGCUCUUCAUCCUGAAGCAGCUGGUGGCCGAGCAGGUGACGUAUCAGCGCAACCGCUUCGGGGCCCAGCAGGACACGAUCGAGGUGCCCGAGAAGGACUUGGUGGACAAGGCUCGUCAGAUCAACAUCCACAACUUGUCUGCCUUUUAUGACAGUGAGCUCUUCAGGAUGAACAAGUUCACCCACGAUCUGAAGCGCAAGGUGAUCCUUCAGCAGUUCUGAGCCCCCGCGGCAGCUCUGUGGUCCUGCUGGAAGGUCAGACCUGGUCCUGACUUCCCUCUGCUGCAGGGACUCGAAACCAAACCGCGCGGGGCUCCGAGUCGUGGGGCCGGGUUCGCAGCGGUGCCGUGCGGCUCCACCCCGUGUCCGGGGUGUUUAUUUCCUUGACUCGCUUCCUCUGCUCUCAUCUCGGGGCACUUGACUUCCCAGAGCUGCGUUUUCAGCCCUCUGACAGCCGCCCACCACUUGGCAGGAGGUUCGCCUGACCUCCUUCUGGGGAUUGAAGUCGAUUGUGUUCGGGACCCCUGGGGGCUGCUCUAGGGGACUGAGCACGUAAAGGUGUUACCAGAACUGUUGGCCUCUUGGCGUGAGUUCCGUGUCCUGCUGCUUUUGCUGCCUGUGGUUGAAGAGCAAGUUGUCAGUAUUUGCAGUGUUUUUCUAAAUUGUGUCCGGCAGCCUUCUCUAGGCUCCCGUGGGUAGAGGCAGCGAGUGGGUCCUGCGCAGAUGGGACCCUAACCUGUCGGCACAGCCGUGCGUCCUCUGACGGCCCCGCAGCCUUGGCCUCCGCCAGUGGGAGAAGUGGGUUUGGGGUCAGAUGGUGAGGGUCGUCAGAGCCGGGCCACCCCCUCACCAUUGCUGUGUGAUCUGUUCUCCUACCUGGCCCUUUCCUCAUUCUCUCAUUUGUACUCUGAGUUCUUGUUUCUGUCGUUUUAGUUUUUAAUAAAAUGGAGUAAACCUAAA